CAGUUUAGACACCACAUGGAAUGAACAGAGACCUAUAGACCACAACCACAACUGCAAUUAUGCAUGAUUUCAUUCAGGAUGCAGAGUCUUUGAGUGCUGAGUGCUAUGGCAAGGUGUGGGAAAUGCGAUGAGGUCGAAAGGGAUUACACGCGUGGAGUAACGAUUGACCCAAAUGUUUUCAUCGUUCAUGCUGAAGAAUCAGUGAUAAAAAGGAAGAACUCUAAUGCAAAGCGAGAUACUUUAAAUGAAAUUCGCACAAGAGCGUCUGCACUAAGAAACACUAAUGGUGGAUCAAUACUUGUACAUCUAAAUGGACAGCAACCAGAAGAUAGAUGUUUGCAAAACUUUGAUGAGUUCAUCAGCAGACCCCUUAAUGACUUGUUAUCUCAUGGUACACUGUACGUUAAUGCCUUCGCACGUAAAUGGCUGAGCGUGAAAACAGACUUUGAAAGAUACGAUGAUUUUGUGGUCAUCACAGUGAACCAGGACCAUAAACAAUUAGCAACUGUUUCAUUCAAUACAAAAAUAAGAUUUGACUUUGCAAACUUGGAUCCAUCAAUUCUGAACAUUUUAUCAAUUUUGACAAACAAGCAAAACAACAUUGUGACUGAGCCAGAAGUGCGAGGUUUACCUGAUGAAAUCGUAGAACGACACGAAUGUAGAAACAGAGAGUUCAAAUCAUUUCAUCCAGAUAAAUAUUUACCUGAAAUCGAACAGGGCAAAUUUGAUUUACUUAAAUACAUUUGGAAGGAUCUGAAGUUAAAAGACAAUAUCACCUCCCUGUCUAAAGUGCCCAACGGAGGAUCUUAUUAUGUUGGAAUAUCUGAAAAACCUGAUGAACGUACAGAGUCGAAAGUUGCAGUGAUAUCUGGAUUUCAGUUGGAGGAGAUUCCAGAAGGCAGGACAAACAGAGUAAUACAGAUAGACGAUACUCUAUACAAAAUCCAAAUCAACAAACAAGCUUUUGAGAAGACAAUUAAAGGAAAGAUUGUUUCAAAAUUGUCAGCCCUUUACCUAAAUGGUAAAAUUGACAAACCACCAACAAAUCUCAUCAAGACAACUUUCCACACGGAUCCACAAACGUCACUAUAUGUUUUGGAAAUAUCUAUUCGGUACUUUGAAGGAAUUGUGUUCUUUGAUUCUGGGCCCAGGUUGUAUCAAAUAUGCAGUGACAACAGUACAUGUACGCGAAUAGGCACUGACAAAUGGCUAGAGAAACUACUUUCACAAUGCCUAAUUUGUCAAAGAAAGAAUUAAGGAUCUCACUAAUGUAACAGUGAAACAUUUUCGUCUUUGUCACAGAAGUAUAGGUUGGAGGUCACCAGCACAAUGUCAACGACUGGAGACGAGAGCGAUGUUUCAAGUACCUUUCACUCAGAAGACGAAGAAGUGCAGUGUAUUUUCGCAAAGACCGAUAACCACUCUUCGAAGGAUGACGAUGAGGAUACCUCAGCUGGCAAAGGAACCACAGAACAAUUUUCGAAAUUACCACCACCCUCCCUGACAAGAGAAGAACGUCAAGAUGUCAUCUCGUUUGUCCGUCGUAAGGCUGAGAUCUUCAUAUUUCCAAGUGAAGCAAGGCAUAUUUUGUGUGACUCUUAUAACGACGUGUACAAAAGGAUUCUACUUCUCGGUGGCCAAAAUGCAAGCCAUGUAUUUGUUUGCAGGACAAUGUCUGUGUUACUUGAUAUAAGCUGCUCGAAGUCAGUACCAAGAAAUGUCAUGUGUGACAUUUGCGUUUUCUAUCCAUCAAAACCGGUCAUGGUGCUUACCUUCACAACACAAGCUACACAUGCUGCUUCCCAAUACAAUUCAAAUGUAGCAAAAGCUGUCAUGGUUUACAUCAACAAUGAUUUGUUCGAAAAUCUAUCAGUCAUAAAUGGUGUAAUUGACAUGAGCAUGGACCAAAGUUUUUUGAGCAGGAUCUCAGAAUUAGAAACAUCUGCUAAAGACUUUGCUAUUCCAAACAAUAUGAAGAUGGAUGAAAAGACAGCUUUACGUGUUCUUACUUCAUUUCUGAAGAUCAUCCCGAAGUCUGACAGAAAUGAUACAGGUCGAUGUCAAGAAGACGAGGACAUGCUACCAGUGCCAAAACCUAUGGACGCUCGACUUCACGAAUCAAGCACAAGAACUGCAGUUUCUGAAGCUUCUAAACCUUGGUUGAGAAGUGAUGCCCGUUAUCAUUCCGACACAUCCGUAUACCCAACUAGCUUGACAUUUGGGGGGGGAGAAAAGGAAGGACUCCGUUCAAAAAGGAAAACCUAUGACAGUCGAUGUCAAGAAGACGAGGACAUGCUACCAGUGCCAAAACCUAUGGACGCUCGACUUCAUGAAUCAAGCACAAGAACUGCAGUUUCUGAAGCUUCUAAACCUUGGUUGAGAAGUGAUGCCCGUUAUCAUUCCGACACAUCCGUAUCCUCAACUGGCUCUACAUUUGGGGGGGGAGAAAAGAAAGGACUCCGUUCAAAAAAGAAAACCUAUGACAGUAGGUGCAUUGAAUUACUGCAUAUUGCUCAGACUUUAGGCGAACAUGUUGCUGUCUAUUUACCGUGAUAAUGAUGCAUGUUCAAUGUGAUUUCUCAGGAUUCACAUGAAAUAAUAGCUGACAAUACCGAGAUUCCCAAGAAAACAUGGCUUGCUGUGGGAUGUGAAUCCGUUCAUUAAAUAGAAUAAUAAUAAUACCCUUUGAACAUAAAUUAGUAUUAUGAAAUAGAUGAACAUCACAGUACAGCUCAUAUCACAGUGGUACCACAGAUUCAAUACAAGAGAAAAAGGGAGAUAACUGAGAUACACA